CAGAGUGGUCUGCGUUAAAAAUUGGCAAACGCCAUCGUAUAUGCAGCAUUUGGUCGCUAUCGCUCCCAUGCUUUGUAUUGACGUUUUUUCCAAUUUUUGGAUUUGUUGGUUUAGUUUAACGAAUGAUAAGAUGAACGGAAUCUGGCAUAAUGAUUCUAACACAAAUCCUGGAAGACCCAUAACAACUACACUUUUUGAUGAUUCGACAAAUAAUGAUGGUAUUUGCGUAUUUACAAAAAUUCGAAAAAAAGAUAAGAUAUUUGGAAUGGGAAUUUAUUGUCCUUCAUAUCCAGAUAAAAGUAUUUACAAAGUUGUGAAUGAAGAUUAUUCUAUUCAAGAAUCACAGAUUUAUACUUUAAUCACAGCUAUUGAAAAUUUUAGUAUUUUUGAUAAACCAUUAAAUAUUUUUACUAGUAACAAGAAUAUCUGUUCCAUAUAG